AAUCACUAUAGUAAAUUCCAUGACCGUUAGCGGUAUCCUAGCAACAAUAUUCGCCGUAGUCACUGUACUUAUCUAUUGGUUGCACGUCAAAGCAAUAUUUUUAUUUUGGAUAGUUUAUCGCUGCAUUUCUUUUUCAAAGAUUUAAAACCUACAAGAUACAAGAUGGAGUUCUCACCGGCCCAUAUGGAAAAACUCGUAGAAUUGUUGAGACCACCCGAACCAGAAGUGUUGCAAGGAGACGAUUUGCCAGCUUCAGUUUUCGACAUAACUUCAACUAGAGGUAAAAUUCCUCCACCCGAAGAGAAAACUAAAACUCCUAAAACAAUCGAAGAGUAUGAAGAACAGGAAGCUAAAGAGAUUGAUAACUUGGGACGAGCUGGCACUGGUUUAGGAGAUCUUAAGACCCCUGAAUACACCAUGAAUUACCGGCAGUCUGUUUCAGCCGAAGAUGUGUUUCUUCAGCUCGGCCCAAAAACGCCAGGAUCGGCCAGCUGCGAGAAUCUCAUCGUACGAGUGAAGAUGCCAGGUGACAAGAUGGAAAAUGUGGAUCUGGUGGUGGACACCACCUCCGUAACGGUCACCUCAUCGCAGUAUUCCUUGAAACUGCCACUACCUCAUGAGAUUGACCCUGAUCGGUCCAAAGCUAGCUGGGAGGUAGACCAGGAGACAUUAGUUCUUACUCUAAGGUUGAAUAGAGAAUUUGAUUUUGUUAAUUUUUAACGUAAGUCUGCAUUUCUAUUUAAUUUAUGUUUUACUUUCUCUGAUCAUGUAGUUAUUUACGUAAGUAGGUUGGUACCUACCUCCCUUGGUUCCUAUCUACAUAUGAACAUAUUAAUCGCAAAUAAACUUGUGUCCACUGUUUACCUGCAUCUUAAAAAGAUAUUUCUCUAGAUGCCGAUCUUCCUCUAGAUUCAGAUAUUAAUAGCCUUGUAUUUACUGAAAACCAUACCUAUACCUA